AUGGACGACCGCCCCUUUCACCUGCGCCAGCGUGGGCCGAUACAAUGGGCAUCCUGGCGGCCGAUAGGUGCUCACAGGGAGUCUGUUGAUGCAAACAACUACUAUACACUCCUCACCAACGAUGGUGUUAUCAUGCUCAGCUGGCCCAGGGAGUCCGUUGACGCGAACAACUACUUCAAUGAAGACGACCUAUACGAGGAGGCAUAA